AUGGUAAUGCAGUUUCCGGAGUUAGAAAAUCCAGGUCAAAUUAGUCCUUGUCACAGCUGCACGUCGUUGGGAUUUGCCAUGGAAAUGAUGAGCAUGAAGCCUGCUAAAGGUGUACUAACAGAACAAGCAGCAGGUCCUCUGGGACAGAAUCUAGAAGUGGAACCAUACUCACAAUACAACAACAUUCAGUUUCCCCAAGUUCAACCACAGAUUUCCUCAUCUUCCUAUUAUUCCAACCUGGGUUUCUAUCCCCAGCAGCCUGAAGAGUGGUACUCUCCUGGAAUAUAUGAACUCAGGCGAAUGCCUGCUGAGACUCUCUACCAGGGAGAGACUGAGGUAGUGGAGAUUCCUGUGACAAAGAAGGCCCGACUGGGUGCAUCAGCAGGGAGAAUAAAAGGGGAUGAGCUAUGUGUUGUUUGUGGAGACAGAGCAUCCGGUUACCACUAUAAUGCACUGACCUGUGAGGGGUGCAAAGGUUUCUUCAGGAGAAGCAUUACCAAAAAUGCUGUGUACAAGUGUAAAAACGGGGGCAACUGUGUGAUGGACAUGUACAUGCGAAGGAAGUGCCAAGAGUGUCGACUAAGGAAAUGCAAAGAGAUGGGAAUGUUGGCUGAAUGUAUGUAUACAGGCUUGUUAACUGACAUUCAGUGUAAAUCUAAAAGACUGAGGAAAAACGUGAAGCAGCACGCAGAUCAGACCAUUAAUGAAGACAGUGAAGGACGUGACUUGCGACAAGUGACCUCGACAACUAAGUCAUGCAGGGAGAAAACUGAACUCACCCCAGAUCAACAGAAUCUUCUUCAUUAUAUUAUGGAUUCAUACAGCAAGCAGAGGAUGCCUCAGGAAAUAACAAAUAAAAUUUUAAAAGAAGAAUUCAGUGCAGAAGAAAAUUUUCUCAUUUUAACUGAAAUGGCUACCAGUCAUGUACAGAUUCUCGUAGAAUUCACAAAAAAACUUCCAGGGUUUCAGACAUUGGACCAUGAAGAUCAGAUUGCUUUGCUGAAAGGGUCCGCAGUUGAAGCUAUGUUUCUCCGUUCAGCUGAGAUUUUCAGUAAGAAACUUCCAGCUGGACAUGCUGACCUAUUGGAAGAGAGAAUUCGAAAGAGCGGUAUCUCUGAUGAAUAUAUUACGCCUAUGUUUAGUUUUUAUAAAAGUGUUGCAGAAUUGAAAAUGACUCAAGAAGAGUAUGCUCUGCUUACAGCAAUUGUUAUUCUCUCUCCAGACAGACAAUACAUUAAGGACAGAGAGGCAGUAGAGAAGCUUCAGGAACCACUGCUUGAUGUGCUACAAAAGUUGUGUAAGAUUCAUCAGCCUGAAAAUCCUCAACAUUUUGCCUGUCUUCUGGGUCGCCUGACUGAGUUGCGGACAUUCAACCAUCACCACGCAGAGAUGCUUAUGUCAUGGAGAGUGAAUGACCACAAGUUUACCCCGCUUCUCUGUGAAAUCUGGGAUGUGCAGUGAUGGGCAUUUCAGGGGCAGGGUCUAGCUCUUCAUUUUCCUCAUAAUAUAAAUCCUAUAUAUAACUUUCCUUUAUUUCAUUUGUACCUGGUUUUAUGCAAGAA